AUGAAUAUAGUGGUGGUGGUAAUGGUGGGUGUGGGUUUGUGGGGUGUGAUUGGAGGUGCAGAAGCAGAAGAGAGUCCUUGCUACUUUAUAUUUGGAGACUCACUGGCAGAUAGUGGGAACAACAACCAGCUUGAGUCAUAUGCAAAGGCUAAUUACCUCCCCUAUGGGAUCGACUUCCCUCUUGGCCCAACCGGAAGGUUUUCCAAUGGCAACACUUACGUUGAUGUAGUUGCUCAGCUUUUGGGGUUGAACGGUUACAUACAGGCAUUUUCAAGAGCUAGUUACAGAGACAUAUUUUACGGAGUGAAUUAUGCUUCUGCAGGUGCUGGAAUAAGAGACGAAACUGGGAAGCACCUGGGAGACCAUACCAGUUUUAGAGGGCAGGUGCGAAAUCACUUAAGGACGGUGUCGUAUAUGUUAAAUAUAUUGAGAGAUGAAAACAGAACUGCAGUUUACCUGAAUAGGUGCAUUUAUUCAUUUGGAUUGGGCAGUGAAGAUUACCUCAACAACUAUUUCUUGCCUCAACUCUAUCCCAGCAGCAGCCAGUACACACCAGAGCAAUAUGCCAAUUUUCUUAUUCAGCAAUAUGCUCAAUUUCUCCAGGUUCUGUACAACUAUGGGGCAAGGAAAAUGGUGUUAUUUGGGGUUGCUCCAAUAGGUUGCAGCCCUUAUGCAUUAGCGCAAAACAGCCCAGAUGGUACAACAUGUGUGGAAGGAAUCAAUUCUCCAAUCGAAAUAUUCAACAACGGAUUGAGAUCUCUUGUUGAUGAACUCAACACCCAGUUGGCGGAUGCAAGAUUCAUCUAUGUAAAUGUUUCUGGUAUCUUCCAAAACAUCAUAAGCAACCCAUUAGCCCUUGGUUUCAGAGUGAUAAAUAGUGGGUGCUGUAGGGUAGGAUGGAAUUAUAUUAUUCAAUAUACGUGUGUGCCACUGCAACUGCCAUGCUCUAACAGGACCGAGGUCUUAUUUUGGGAUGCGUAUCAUUUUAGUGAGGCUGCAAAUACUAUCAUUGGCGGAAGAGCUUACAAUGCUGCAUCUACAUCCGACGCUUACCCUUUUGACAUCAAUCGUUUAACUCAGAUCUGA